ACACCCAAAUACAUAUGUCGUUAAUGAAAUCAACACCUGGACAGUAUAUAAAGUCCCUCUGUAGUGAGAAGGUGUAGUUCAACAGAUCUGCAGGACUUAACUGUUCAUCAUGAUGAAGCUGCUUCUUUCUCUGACUCUCAUCUGGGCGCUCUCCAGCACAGGUGCAGCACUUGUGUGUCAAACCUGCACAACUAGUGCCUGUACAGCCACAGUACCAAAGACGUGUUCCUCAGAUACGAUGUGUAUAACAGCCUCCAUUCAAGCCACUUCAGGUGGAACUGGAGGACAACAACUCAUCAAGGGGUGUGCAUCGUCCUCCUUGUGUCCAGCCAUCGGCUCUUUCACAUACUCAGUCAACCUGGGUGUUUCCAGUGCACUUGCAUCUGCUACGUGCUGCAACACAGAUAACUGCAACUCAGCCACUCUAGCUGUGCCUGCUGCUCCGGCAGAUAACAGCCUUCAGUGUAACUCUUGUGACAACGUCACCUGCACCGUUCCAAUACAAUGUAAGGGAACGGAGGAUCGCUGCUUUCAAGUCAGUGUAACAAGUGGGUCGACCACUACUUCAGCCCUUGGCUGCGCAUCUGCCAACAUGUGUGAAGCUACUGCCGGCCUUGGAAACACAAUUUUGGUACAAAGUGUUGGAAACGUCCCUGGACCAGCCUGUUGUGGGACCAAUUUAUGUAAUACUCUUACAUCUGCUGCCAGUGACACCUGUUGUGUCAGACUGACAAUGAUCCAUCUGCUGAUCGGACUCCUUGUCUUUACCCUCUAUUAGGGCCGAAGACUAAAAAUGGUCGAAGGACCUUUUGAAGCCUGGUCUCAGGUUUCCUCCCUCCUGUCCUUUUGUUGGCAGUUACAGUGGCUACAAAAAUCCAAAUUCAGGGAAAAGGGGACGGAGUCAGGGUGAAGUUAAGGUGGGAUAAGAAGACAUAAAUGGACACACAGGAUACAUAUGAACACACAACAAAUUGGAAACAACCUUUUGCACAGCUUUAAUUUACUUGGUACAUUUUCUCUGGGGAUUUUUUCUCUCAAACCUGUGUAUUUCUCAAAUGGACUGAAUGUCCUGAUGUUAUAUAACAUGUUAGAUUUUAUAGAAAAAUAUCAUACUUCUAUCAAUAGGAGAGGAAAAACAGUCCUUGUAUUAAAGUUACAAAUGUUUUUUAAUGAGUUAAGUCGACUUAGGUUUUUCUUCUUUUUGAAAUUAUUAUCAUAUUGCCACAGUUCAUCAGUACAGGUAAAAAAUAAAAUGAAGUUGCCAAUAUUUUUGCAUGAUGAAGUCCUCACAAAAAUGAUUUGUCAUUUAAGAUGACAAACGAUACUUUCAGGUUCCUUUCUGUAGAAACCAUGUUUAUUUAUUAAUAAAAUCAUUUUAAUAAUCA